AUGCUAUUUAUAAAAUCAUUGUUAUUAUUAUUAUCUUUAAUUUUUGCAGUGUCAAAUGCAACUGGAUAUGUCGGAUUUAAAGUUGACGGUCCAGGUUGUAAUGCAACUAAAAUAAUAACAUUAGAAAAUGGAGCUUGUCAAACUGUAUGCACAAAUUUGUAUGGUAAAGUAACACCAACAAACGAUCCAUCUAAAUUUAAUCUCAAUCCAUUUAUUGAUGUAGAUUGUAAAACACCAUUAAUGGCAGAACAACAAGUUACUUGUUUGCCAGACAACAAACCAUUCAAAGUAUCGACCUUAACUGUCACAUGUAUUCCUGAUACUACUUCAUCCUCAACCAGUCCAUCCUCAACCAGUCCAUCCUCAACCAGUCCAGCCUCAACUUUAAUAGGUUCAAUUGCAUUUGUUACAUUAGCAGCAUUAUUUGCAUUAAUUUAA